AUGCUGGGAUCUGUGAAAGUGGGCCAGAAGAUAGUGCUGUUGAAGAAAAACUGCUUUUAUAGUGGUCGUGUGAAAUAUCAUUCUGGACUGGGUGUGUUCGGGCAUCGACCGCGUAGAGUGAAUGAAGGCGGUAGUUUAUCAGAGCAUGUGGCGCGAAGAAGAUACGAGAACUGCCGUGCUCACCGACUCGUGGACGCGUACCGUACACAUGGACAUCUUAAAGCGACAAUUGACAACGUCGACUAUCGCAAAGAAAACAGGGAUGUCAAUGAACUCCUAUUGGCGAAAUAUGGCCUUUCGGCAGAGGACCAGGCAGACCUUGGAUUGGUUUACGGGUCCAGUGGAAAAGAAACAGUGAAGAAACUCGUCGAUAAAUUAGAAAACAUAUACUGUGGAGCGAUUUCUUACGAAUUUUCUUAUUUAGAGAACGAGUCAGAAAGAGAAUGGUUUGCCAGAAGAAUAGAGAGCGAGCAGGUCGGCCUCAGUAAAGCGAGGAGGAUAGAGAUAGCAAGAGAGAUGCUGCAGUCGCAGGCGUGGGACAAAUUCUUGGGCGUCAAGUAUCCCACCGUGAAGAGAUAUUGCGGGGAGGGUGCCGAAUCUCUGCUCACAUUUUUCUCGGCAUUAUUCAAACUCACUACAGCAGAGGGUGUUGAACAUGUGAUUGUAGCGAUGGCCCAUCGAGGCAAGCUGAACGCUUUGACAGGAGUACUGAAAUGUCCUCCGGCGAAGAUCUUCAACAAGUUCAGCGGUCGACCGGAGUUCCCGGAGGACGCCAACUCUACCUGCGACAUUACCACACACUUGAGUGCCUCGGUGGAUAUUGCUGUUAACGAAAAAUCAGUAAGAUUCUCGCUUUUGAAUAAUCCUUCGCAUUUAGAGGCAGCAAAUCCAGUAUCGAUGGGAAAAACAAGAUCGAAACAACUUCAAUUAAAGGAAGGCGACUAUUCAAUCGAUGGAUCGUCACAAAUGGGAGACAAAGUCAUAAAUGUGCAGAUCCACGGCGACGCAGCUUUCACUGGGCAAGGUGUGAACCAGGAGACCCUCAUGUUAUCUCAAGCUCCGCACUUCAACGUCGGUGGAUCACUCCACGUAGUUGUCAACAAUCAGGUUGGAUUCACACUGCCUGCAUCUAGAGGCCGUUCCUCCAGAUACGUGACGGACUUGGCGAAGGCCAUAGCAGUUCCUGUUAUUCACGUCAACGGAGACUAUCCAGAGCUGGUAGAGAAAGCCACGAACAUUGCGUUCGAAUAUCAACGCAAUUUCAGGAAGGACGUGUUUAUAGACUACAACUGCUACAGGAGAUGGGGACACAAUGAGGUGGAUGACCCGACGUUUACAAACCCGCUGCUGUACAAGAUCAUACAUAAUCGGAAAUCAAUCCCAGAUUUAUACGCGGAGCAGUUAGUAUCAGAAGGAGUGAUGUCUGAGGAAGAUGUCUCCAAUAUAUUGAAAGACUACACGCAGUUUUUGCAGUCGGAGUAUGAUGCUUUAGCUUCCUACAGACCUGAGAUUUCAUAUUUCCAAGAACAAUGGUCAGCAAUGAACUUAGCACCUAAGGCGAUUGAUACUUGGGAUACAGGUGUUGACAUUAACUUAUUGAAGCUUGUUGGACAAGCUUCCGUUCGCACACCCACACAAUUCAACAUCCACAGUCAUUUAUCUAAAACACAUGUAAAAAAUCGAUUAAAUAAAAUUACUGCCGAGAAAGAUAUAGAUUGGGCUACAGCUGAAGCUUUCGCAUUUGGAUCUCUGCUAAUGGAAGGCCGCCACGUCAGGCUUAGUGGUGAAGACGUAGGGAGGGGCACAUUCUCCCAUCGGCACGUUAUGUUAGUAGAUCAAGAAACAGAGGAGAUCUAUGUGCCUCUCAACAAUAUACAUGAAGAUCAGAAAGGAUUUUUGGAGGUAGCAAAUUCUAUAUUAUCUGAGGAAGCGGUUCUAGGUUUCGAAUACGGUAUGGCGUAUGACUCCCCAGACCACCUGUUUGUUUGGGAAGCACAAUUCGGAGAUUUUUAUAAUGGAGCACAGAUCAUGGUCGACACGUAUAUAUCUUCAGGAGAAGCUAAAUGGGCCCGCAGCAACGGCCUCGUCAUGCUUCUUCCUCACGGCUACGACGGCGCCGGUCCAGAGCACAGCUCCUGCAGGAUAGAAAGGUUCCUGCAACUGUCCGACAGCUCUGAAACAACACCCGACUCCGAAGCUGUAUGUUUGCACGUCGUUAACCCCACCACACCUGCGCAGUACUUCCACUUACUAAGGAGACAGGUGACAAGAAACUAUAGAAAACCUCUGGUGGUGGCGUCAGCUAAGGUCCUGUUGCGGAUGGCUGAAGCUGUCUCUCCACUGGCAGACUUCGCACCGGGAACACACUUCCAACCUGUCAUUGGUGAUACCCAAGCAGAUCCUUUGAAAGUCCGAAGGGUGAUUUUGGUGAGCGGGAAGCACUACUACGAGUUGCAUAAGGAGAGAGUGAGAGGGAAGGUCGAUGACGUAGCCAUCAUCAGACUGGAGGCUCUUAGUCCAUUCCCGUUGCAAGGUUUGCAGAAGGAGAUUGCGAAAUACCCUAAUUCAAGAAUAUUCAUUUGGAGUCAAGAAGAACACAGAAACAUGGGAGCCUGGUCUUUUGUGAAGCCAAGAUUUGAAAACUUACUCGGAAAAAAGUUACUAUACUCCGGUCGUGCCGAGUCAGCCGCCCCUGCGGUGGGCGCCGGGGUAUUGCACAGGGCCGAAGCGGAACACGUGAUCAAGGAACCCCUCUACAAUAUGAAGUGA